AUGUCGACUCAUUCAAGGCAAAACUCAGUCGUGAAGUCCACCCUCACGACCUUGAAAGGUGACAAGAUAGGCCCAUGGAAGCUGGGGAGUACUUUGGGCGCCGGCAGCACCGGCAAGGUCGUGAUGGCCCAGCACGAAAGCACCGGUCAGCAGGCAGCUGUGAAGAUCGUAUCGAAAUCGAUAUUUGGCAACCAGUCUAACUCCUCGACCAUUGUGGGCUCCAAUGAUCCCGACGUGUUACCAUACGGCAUUGAACGCGAAAUCAUCAUCAUGAAGCUUCUCAACCACCCCAACGUGCUGCGCCUUUACGACGUAUGGGAGACCAAUUCCAGCCUGUACAUGGUGCUGGAGUACGUCGAAAAAGGAGAGCUGUUCAACCUGCUUGUUGACCGCGGCCCUCUUCCUGAAAACGAGGCCGUUAGGUUUUUCCGGCAAAUCAUCAUCGGUAUCUCUUACUGCCACGCGCUAGGCAUAGUGCAUAGAGAUCUGAAGCCCGAGAAUCUGCUUCUCGACCACAAGUUCAACAUUAAGAUCGCGGAUUUUGGCAUGGCAGCCCUUGAGAGCAAGGACAAGCUGUUGGAGACCUCGUGUGGUUCCCCCCACUACGCGGCGCCAGAGAUCGUGUCCGGACUUCCAUACCAUGGGUUUGAGAGUGAUGUUUGGUCCUGCGGUAUCAUUUUGUUCGCCCUGCUUACCGGUAGACUGCCCUUCGACGAGGAAGAUGGGAACAUCAGAAACUUGCUUCUGAAGGUGCAGAGCGGUAAGUUCGAAAUGCCGGAUACCAACGAAAUUUCCGGAGAGGCUCAGGACUUGAUUGCCAAAAUACUCACAGUCGACCCCGCUGCUAGAAUCAAGUCGAGAGGCAUUUUGAAGCAUCCACUCCUACAGAAAUACCCCAGCAUCAAAGACUCCAAGAGUAUAAGAAAUCUACCUCGCGAAGACACAUACUUGAACCCAUUGGAUAGCGUCGAUGGUACGAUAGACGACACUAUCAUUGGCAACUUAGUGGUACUAUGGCAUGGCAGAGAUAGAAAUGAAAUCACCAACAAAUUGAAAGAGCCAGGUGCCAACUUGGAAAAGACCUUCUACGCACUUCUAUUCCGCUUUAAACAUGAUAGUCAGCAAGAACAGCUGAAGCAACAGCGCAGGUCACAGGCAAUGCAAGUAUCCCCUAAGAAAACUGGUCUUCGCAAAUCGAACUCACGCCGUUCUAUUAAUUCUACUACCCCAAAAAAGAAGACCAGAGCACCAGUGAUAAGCGCCUCGUCUUCUCACAAAAGGCCUGUGUCCUUUAGCAGGCUUUCUUACAGUAAUGGCAGUAAUACUGACCACAACACACCAAACUCUUCGGGCAAAAGGUCUUCUGUCAACCUCUCGUCUAAUAAAAGAAUAUCAGCUCUAAUAAACCCCAAUAGCUCACCUACACCAGCGAGCAAGAGAGCUUCGCUCAGAGAACUAGAUCCCUCCGCGCCACCGAUCCCUGUUGACAUGCUAAAGGAUUAUAACAAAGCAGCUCCUAAGGCCAACAGGAAAUCUUCUCGUAUCAGUAAGAGGCUCUCUUUCUUACCUGGUAAUAAACGCGGCUCGAUAACCACUAAGCUAAUUGCAACUUAUGCUAAGAUCUCAGAAGAUAACGACUGGGAGUACAUUGAAAAGGAGACCAAGAGGACAAGUGCUGACUUCGCUACCUUAUGUGACGAGAUCUUCGAGCAUGAGAAAUAUGAGCAAAUCAGAAGAGAAAAGGAAGAGCUUGAGAGGCGUGUAAGAGAGGCCAAAGAGCAAGAAGAGAGGGAGAGGAGACAGCGCGAAGAAGAAGAAAGAAGGCAGCGUGAGGAAGAGCUCGCACGUCAAAGGGAGUUUGAGGAGGAAAGAUAUCAUAGGCAAAGGGAAGUCCAAGAGAAUAUAGAUAGAGAGAUGGCCCUUUUGAAAGAGGGUUAUGAGACAAGCUCUGGGGUGGAUCCUAACAAAAACAGAUCUGUCUCGGCUCCAGUUGAAAGCGUUUUAAAGGUUGAUAAGCGCAGCUCGAUGGAUGCGUUAGAUGGUGAUAUCAUGGACUUGUUAAACAGAAGAACAUUCUCCCUUGAGACAAGACCAAAGUCAAGGCUUGAUCCCGGUAUAUACACCCUGGAAGAAGUUCCCAAUUCCGAUAUAAAGGAUGGAGGGAGAGAUUUGAAAACAGAAAAAACUAUUCUUGAAACGAUAAGAAGGUCAAAGUUUUUAGGUUCUUCCUUUGAUAUCAACAAGGAACUCGCCAGAGAGCGCCGGUUGAAGGAAGAGAGAGCUGCAGCUCUAAAACAGCGAAAGAAAGAGGACCGCGUUGUUUCAAACGCUACGGGAAACUAUAGCGAAAAUGGUUACGAGCCCCAGACUUUGCCAAAGAACGCGGCCGCCACCAAAAUUUCAAAUGACGCAGGAUCUGAUCCACGUAAGAUUUCCGAAGUCCAGGUUCCUCAAUUUACGAGGCGUUCGCGUCAUUUUACUGCAUCUAAUAAGAGACUUUCCGUGCUGUCUAUGUACUCUACCAAGGCAUCUUUCACAAACUUGGCGGAUCAUUUAAGGGGAAAAACUGAUCUACAGUCGAUCAAUGGUAGCCCUCCCUCAACUUCAAGAAUGGAACCUGAAACAGAGUUCAUGUUUGAGAGUGUCGAUGGAGAAGGAAAAGAGACAGCAGAUACCUCAGCUGAUAGCAGGCUGUACGAAGUGGCUGAGGGCAAUGAUCCUAAGGGAGCCGCUCGGUCUGCUGUGAGGUUAAACUUCGCGGACAGAUUCAACAAGCCAACUUCCCCGCCACCACAAAGUGUCGAGGACCCCAAUGGAAUCAAGUUGCCCUCCUUGCCGCCUCUGGACAAAGCCAAAUCCGAUGGAGUGAACGGGCUGGGACUAUACCAACCGGCAUCGGAUUCAAGCGAGACAGAAAUCCAUCAUCAACCCAAAUCAAUGAUCCCAGUGGAUGCAGAGCAGAAAGAGGCCGCUGAAGCAAAACCUGAAGAACAAAAGCAAGUGCCCCCUAAGGAUGUUGAGAGCGCACCUGCCCCCCUCAAUAAGGUAAUGAAGAAGAAUACAGAGGCCGAGAAAAACCAACCAAACCAACCUGCCCCAAAUGCGGUGAAGAAAAACAACAAGUCUUUCUUUAGAAGGUUUUCUGGAAAGUCUGACGAUGAAAAAAGACCAGGAGAGUACGACUUCAAGUUUGAUACAGUGAUUGAAGGGACCCAGAUGUUUAACGCCCUGAGCAAACUGCUGGCAGCUUGGAAGGAUUAUGGUCUAAAGGAUGUGGUUGCGUCACCCUCUCAAAAGAAAAUUAAGGGCAAGAUGAGCAGCGACAACAUGCUAUCUUUACGGUCAACGUUAUUUGAGAUCAGUAUCGUGAGUAAAGGCGAAGGCUCCAUUGUUGGUUUCACUAAAAAGUCGGGCUCCACAAAAACCUUCAAAAAGCUCGUCAAGGAGAUUGAGAAAAUCUUGGAGAGCAAAAAGGCUUUGGUGUUCAACAACUGA